AUGGCUGCCGAUCAAGGCGGCGUAGUCCAGAGGACCAUCAAGACCAUCACCGAGAAGAGCGUCGACCAGGCGAGCGAGGCCGCCGACCGCGCUGCUGAGCGCGCCGCUGCUCUCGCCGAAGGACCUGGCCCGAUCCGACGAGCUUUCGAAGGCGCUCCUCCUCUUCCCGGAACCAGUGGAAAGCACCCGAUCUCCGAGGCCCUUGGCACGGCCCUGACGGGAGGAAAGUCCAUGGCAGGCACCAAGGGUUAUUUGGCGGCCUACAUCAAGGAGCUCGAGUCGAACCCUCUGCGCACCAAGAUGCUCACGGCUGGUACCCUUGCCGGAGCUCAGGAGCUUCUCGCCUCGUGGCUGGCCAAGGACCGCAACAAGCAUGGCAACUACUUCACCUCGCGCGUCCCCAAGAUGGCUGCCUACGGAGCCUUGGUCAGCGCUCCUCUGGGUCACUUUCUCAUCUGGCUCCUCCAGAAGCUCUUCAAGGGUCGCGUUAGUCUGCGUGCCAAGAUUACGCAGAUUGUCGUCAGCAACCUGGUGAUUGCACCCAUCCAGAACAGCAUCUACCUGGUCGCCAUGGCUCUCAUUGCCGGCGCUCGAACAUUCCACCAGGUUCGCGCCACCGUCAAGGUCGGUUUCUGGAGAGUCAUGCGUAUCUCCUGGCUCACUUCCCCCAUCUGCUUGGCCUUUGCUCAGCAGUUCCUCCCUGACGAGCUCUGGGUCCCCUUCUUCAACUUGGUCUCCUUCGUCAUUGGUACCUACAUCAACACCCUCACCAAGAAGAAGCGUCUCGCCGCCCUGCGCAAGAAGCACUACGGCGACACCCGUGAGACCCGUGAGACCCGUGACGGCCGUGACAGCCGUGACAACCGCCCUCCUCAGAUGGGCCGCCCUGGUCCUGAGGACUACCCUCCCCCUCCCCACAUGGGACCGAACCCCAACAUGGGAGGACAGCAUCCCGGCAUGGGAGGACACAACCCUAAUUACUAA